AUGACGGGCCCAGAUGCAGCUGAGCACCCCGGCGAUCCCUCCCGCCCUCUCAAGCGCUCCCGCUACUCGGCCAACGACCAGGAAGAGCUAGACCUGCUCGAUACCAUCGUCAAGCGCAUCAAGGUCGCGGUGCCGCCUACGCCCUACAUACUCUCUACUCCCUCGCUGGACCCGUAUCGCUAUCAUUCACAGCAACAAGCCAAUGCCUGGAUGAUAGGAAGGCUGUGGCGCCCGGACGAAGAGCACCUUCAGUACAGAACCUACCUCUACCGCGAGCCAUGCCAGGACUGCUUCGAGCUACAAGCCGGCCAAGACGAGGAGCCGGAGCCGGAGCCGCCACGGUCACAAACUGUAAACGGCCAGCCGACAAAGAAGAAGCCCAAUCUGUCAGCCUUCAAAGUCAAGCAGGUCAACGGCGCGGCUGCUUCUGGUGCAAAGUCCAGCUUGUCCAAUCGCGCGCCCACCAAAAAUACGUCAGAUCAGGUCAACUGCACUACCAAGUCCGAAAAGCUCGCUGCACCCACGCAAAAGGCCGAGCCCAGAUCGCCGAGAUCCUCCUCCAACGCUAUGCGCAACGAUCGCAAAGCGACGCGCGAGGCCCCUCAAGUCAGCUCGCGCCCCCGGGCUCCUUCCACUUCGCAGAAGAGCGACACUGCCAGCUACAAAAGCCACGUGGAAAAGUCCGACCCUUCAGACUCCACACCGCACGGCUUGCCUCCACUCCUAUCACCUGUUCGAGAACCCCUUGGCAAUCCAUACGGCCUCCCUACCAUUCUUUCGCCCACGCUACCCUCCAAUGUGCAAGCCGAAUUGGACAGGCUAGAGGUCCAACGGAAGCGCGCAGACUCGGACGUAUCUAUAUCGUCGUCGGAUAUCAAGAGUGCGCCCGUUGCUGUGCUGCCCGACUCAUCACAAAAGUCCAGCGCAUCUCUCAAGACUGAGAAUCGCGGACGAUCAUUAUCUGUAAACGGCAAAUCGCCAAACCCCGAACCAGUCAGUCCCUCACAACAAACACAUGCCAAUAUGAUUGUGAAACUGAAAUUCUCAAAGCCAAAGGCACAGGUUGUAAGCCAAAUUCUACGCCUGCCCCCGAAGCGCUCAAGUGCCGAGAAGAAAGAACGUACCGACACGCCAAAAUCUACAGUGACAGAUAGCCAGCCCAAGGUUACUGAUCCGCCUGUCAUCAAGAAGAAGCCAGCACCCAAGAUCACUGCUCGGCGGGCAGAGCCAACCACACCAGCAUCCACCUCUACUCCGACCACCAGUGCAAAGCCAACCCCGGCAAGUGCCAAGGUCGUGGAGAAACGACUGCGAACUGAGGAGGAUGGCUCCUUGGCGGUACCUCCCGCUAAGCGCCCACGGGCAAGCUCAACGAAUGAGCUUCCUGUCACUUCUGCACCGACCACGGCAUCUCCAGCGGCUUCAGCAAAACCCUCCAUACAGAAGAGCAAUCCACUCCACCCGACACCCAAGAAGGACAUCAGAUCCAUAAACAUGCUUCGCACUCAAUCUUCCGAAAGCAACGAAGCAACUCCAGGUCGUUCCGGUGCGACUCCCGCCGGCUCCAAAGCGGAGCUCAAGGCCGGACCCACAUCCGCACCCCUGAACAACAAGAAGCAAAUCGACAUUUCCUUGCUUGGACAGACGUCGGCGAAGCUGAACCAAACAGGUCGCGCUCUGAAGCACGAGGCAACCAAGAUAUUAAACACCGCCAGCAGCAAAAAGGACGAAAAGCGAGCUGCCGUUACCAACCUGGAGUGUAUCUUGGCAUACAUGGCCGCAUAUUUUGCUCAAGACCUAUCGCUAAACCUCCGCGGUCGUGCCGGUGAAGUUGAGCAGACAUGGAAGACCCUGCUACCGCUCUGUCUGUCGUAUUCCAGAUGCACAAGAGACUUUCAACAUCUCGACGGUCUCCGCUCCUACCUUAGCUCUGUCAUUGCCUCUGCAAUCUGCACUCACGUGUCACAACGAUUCAGCAGUUCUAAAUCUCACGACUCGCCACAGGAUAUCAACCACCCAGAAUCCGCUCGACAGCACAUUGAAAAUUUUGCCCUUCUCUCCGAUCACACAUUGAAGAUGAAUCGCCACUACCAAGAAGCAAGAAUCGCUCUGCCUUUUGAGGACUUGCAAAACAUCUACAAGAAGACAUAUGCAGGUCGAGAAGUUAACGCCAAAUUAGCACGUGAGCCGGAGAAAGUGAGCGGCGCCAAGAUGUCUGGUCCAUAUUUCCUCCCGCUCGGAAUAGAUACAACGCCCAUUCAAGCUGUCCGGUUUGGUCUGAAGUUCCUGCACGAGUAUUGCGAGAAGGAGAAGCUCGAGUACAGUCUCAGGGUCAAUCUUGAUAGACCAGAGUGA